AUGUGUUGGCUUGCUGGCGGUUCUGCCUUCUCAGUUCUGCGGGACGAGAACUUACUCGUCCAGAUCACGCAGUACCAAUGCGGCAUCUUCGAAUGCCUCAGGUCGACGUUCCUACGCAACCAUCACUUCCUCCACAGAUCUGUCUUCAUCGAGCCGAGCUUUGGCAUCGUUCGACAUCGACGGCUAGUUGCGCUUGACCUCGUCCAAACCGGCGACAUACAGCUCCUUCAAGUGUUGAUGCGAUGCCGCAUCGAAGACAUCACCCAGACGAUAUCAGAACACUGGAAACUCAUGGACUUUGCGGCCAUGUACGGCCAUCUGCCCGUCCUGGAGUUCCUUCAUGCCUCGGGACUGCCGAUAUGCACCAUGCACGCGUUGGACCUUGCCGCACAACACGGACAUUUGGCCGUUGUUAAGUUUCUGCAUUUUCACCGCACAGAAGGCUGCUCCCGACGUGCCAUGGAGUCCGCCGCCGAGCGCGGUCAUCUCUCUGUCGUCCAGUUUUUGAAUGAUCAUCGAAGCGAAGGGUGCCGGGCGUUGGCAAUGGACCGGGCAGCGGCCAAUGGCCAUUUGGACGUGGUGGCGUUUCUACAUGCGCAUCGGUCGGAGGGUUGUACGACCUUGGCUAUGGACGAAGCCGCAGCCCACGGCCACCUCGAGGUCGUCCAAUUUCUCCACCAACAUCGUACAGAGGGAUGCACCGCGUGGGCAGUGGACCAGGCAGCCACGUAUGGCCAUCUAGAAGUCGUCCAGUAUUUGUUGCAGCAUCGGAACGAAGGUGGGAUGGCCGGGACCAUCGAUAAAGCCGCGGCCAAGGGACAUUUGGCAAUCGUCAAGUACUUGCAUGCCCACGCCAUUGAAGGAUGCACCCAUCGAGCCAUGGACGGCGCGGCCGAAGGUGGACAUUUGGAGGUAGUUGAGUUUCUUCAUUCGCAUCGACGGGAAGGCUGCUCGAUGCACGCCAUGAAUCUCGCAGCCAAGAAUGGCUACUUCAAUGUCGUUCGCUUCCUCCAUGACCACCGCCACGAAGGAUGUACCGCGGCGGCCGUCGACGACGCUGCAAGAAAUGGCCAUCUGGAGGUCGUCAAGUUUUUGCUGACGUUUCGCACCGAAGGCCACAGUGCCCAGGCUAUUCAGGCUGCCGCUCAAGCGGGACAUGUCGAAGUGGUCAAGUAUCUCCAUGCGAAAGCCAUCGUUGGCUGUGGAGAAAGGGAUUCAGGCUUGGCGUCACUGGCCGUUCCUCGGAUACGAGCAUGGGAUGCCACAGAGUGGAGGAUGUAGUAGUAGUAACCUUCGUCGUGCUAUGGAUGUAUAUCGUGACGUAGUAUCGUCGUCGAUGGGAGGAUGUCAAACCAUGAACCCUUGCAACAACAGGGGAACAUGAUACAUGUAUCUUUGUGGG